CUGUGGGGGAGGCAACUUCCUUUUAUGGUGGGGCCGUGGGAGGGAGCUGCUGACGUGAAGGUGAAGUGAGGCCGCUGCCCGGCCUGCUGCGCUCUCGCCUGGGAUGAAAAUGAUUGUACACUUAUGGAGUUAUUUGUAUAGAAAUAUCUUUCGAUUUUGGCUAAAAUGGAUCUUGAGACAGUUGACUGGAAAAUGUGAACUGCAGCGUAUCUGUGAUGGCUCAAAGAAAAGAGCAGAAAGGACACUACGGAUAGAACAUUCGUUGGAAUCAUCGAAGUGUAAGGCUUUACAAAGGGCUGUGUAUUCUUCUAAAGAUGACGUGGAAAAAUGUGUGGCACUCAUCAUUGAACAAAAGAAAAUUAAUACACAAAAGGAUACAGUGUUUGCUUCAAAGCUGCAAUUAAGUUUGCUCCAGAUAUCAGGAUGUAAGAAACUUUAUUUGGCUGUAGAAGAGCUGAGAAAACAGCCAUAUAACUCUGAUAAUAAAGAACAUGAAGAGCAACUAAUGGAGCUUUGGAAUUUGUUGAUGCCCCAUGAAAAACUGAAGGCUAGAAUCACGAAGCAGUGGUGUGACAUUGGUUUCCAAGGCGAUGACCCUAAAACAGACUUCAGAGGAAUGGGCAUGCUGGGAUUAACUAAUCUUCUAUAUUUUAGUAAACACUAUCCCCGUGAAGCUCGUCAAAUCCUUUCUCGCUCAAAUAAUCCAAAACUGGGAUAUUCUUAUGCAAUUGUUGGGAUCAAUUUGACAGAAAUGGCUUACAAUUUAUUGAAGAAUGGACAUUUAAGAACUCACUUCUACAACUUGGUUGCUGGUGAACCACAAAUGAAAGACUUCCAUCAGUUUUACUGUUAUUUGGCUUAUGAAUUUGACAAAUUUUGGUUUGAAGAAAAGCCUGAAAGUAUUAUGUACUUCAACCAGUAUAGAGAGAAGUUUCAUGAAAAAGUCAAAAAACAUCUUCUGGAUUACGAUGUAGUCCUUGCCUUAAGAAACGAAAUAUAGUAAUGUGCAUUCCUUUGGAUUCUGUCCAUAAAAAUUAUGCACUGGACUAGGAUUCUCAUAUUUAACCAAAAACUUCACUUAAUGAUCACAAAGUUUUAUACAUCUAUUUUUUUUAUUUAAAAAGUGGUUGAGAGAGCUUGGACAAUCAACACUUACAUAGGUCUUUAUACUAUUUGCUGAAGGUAAGAACUUUAUAGAUACAAAUAUCCUUUCUGUACCACAGAUCCUCAUAAUUUUUGUAUACCUAGCAGAUGAUGAAACAGGUUCUUGUUGUGCUAUGUCAUUUUGUCUAGCAAUAGCUUCUUUUCCAUAUUUGACUGGUGUUUAGCUUACAACCAGAGAUGUUGCAAUACUUCUUGAACAGUAAUAGCUUUUCUUUUAAAUGUAUUAGGUUGCAUUUUCUCUAUCUUCUAACCUGGAACACAUGGUCUUUUAUUAUUAUACUGCUGCGCGGCGGAGGCGGGGGGACCCACUAAUAGGUUAAAUGAUUUGGGUGUAUGAGAAAAAAGCUUCACUUCUGCUUAUUGAAGACUAUUUGUUUGAUUUUUCUCAUGACAGCAUGCUUAAACAUUGCCAGAGUUAAAACUUUUGUUUUUAAAUAAGUCUUUGCAUGUUAUCAUAAAUAUAUUAAGUUAAAUAUAUUUUCUGUACUAAAUUAUUUUUAUUUAAGAUGUUGUAACUGCCUUCACAUAGCAACCAUUGCUCUAUUUUCCCCUUUCUUUUGUCACUUAAGUUCACAGCUAAAGCUUAAGAAUACUAGAGCUCCAAAUAUUCAGUAGAAGAUAAUUGGGCAAUUAAUUAAAUUUUCUUUAAUACACUGCUAUUUUGUAUUGAAGAAGGCAACUCAGAUGGCAUAUUCCAGGACAAUCUAAAGAUUCUUCAGCUAUUGAAUAAGCAUGUUCAAAAUGCUUCUAAUCAAACUUUAGUUGCAGGUAGCUUUGCUUUAGGGUUAGGGUGAUCAGUUCAAAGAUUAAUCUUUUUAAAGUGCCUUGUACUUACUUCAUGUGCGCUUCAAAUCUGAAGCUGAGACUGAGCCGUUGCUGGUCAGUUCUUAAAAACAUGCUGGUUUUGUUGUAAGAAUUGAUAUUGGAAUUGAGCAAAUUCCUAUUUCAUCUUACUAACUGAUAAUCGACUAAUUAGACUGCUGAUAAGGAAAAAGUGAGAGUGCAGCAGGAAGCCAUGGGAAGAACAUAUGAUGCCACAUGGCAACAUUGUAGGCAUUACAUAUGCUGGAAGUAUUAUCUAAAACCUGUGACAUCUAAAAGUAAUAAGGACAAAGCAAAAUUGAUGAUAUCUAACAUGGGAAAUAAAAUGCUUAUCAAAGUUCCUUUCUACCAGAGCAGUAGAGCCCUGAGAGAUGGAGUGGAUCACAGAAGGCUUCUUUUCCGUAUCUACAUCUAUUUUUAGAGAUGUUUGAUCACUUUUGUGCAAUACAAGAAAUUUUUCAAGAGAAAUUUGAUAUCUGUGAAAUGCAUUGGGGCACAAUCGAAAAAGUCCGUAUGAGCUCUCUGUAUAAGGACAACCCUAUUUUCUGCCAUUAGCUGGAGAUUUGUCUUCACAGAGAAGUGUGUACCUGGUUAUAUAUGAGCACUGGGUCUAGUGGUUCAUGGUAUCAGAAUGUAUACAAAAAUCAUUCCUGGCUGAAAGUGUUGUAAAUGUAUUUUCCUAUUCUGUAUGCUAUAAGUUACAUUUAUUGCACACUUGAUUCCAUUUGAGUUUUUCUUUGAAAUGGCUUAAUUGACAACCUUUUUUAAUUUAAGAAAUUUCAUUUAUUUUACUUAAAAGAAACCUUGAUCUUCUAUACUAAAUGCUUUAAAUAUAGUGGCAAUAAAAAAUUCUAGAAAAUAUACCAGAAAAGAUUUUAAGGUAUCUAGUUGUCACAUUACUUGUUUACUACAUAAGUAUUAAAUAAGAAUCAAUGGCUGUGCAAAAAAUAAAGCUGAUGCAACAUUGUGCAUGUGAACCAUAGCAUCUACAUUGUUCCUGUGAUUUAAUCAAUUUGGACCUGUAGGGAUUUGGUAGGCUGAGUCUACCUGAGCCCUUCCAAUACAGUCUGUAUUUUUUCUUUUUAAUGGGUUCAUCUUUUCCUGUCAGAUGAUAAAGCUAAGGAAGACUGAUAGAUUAUAAACUUUGUCAACUCCCAAUGCUAGUGAUGAGUGGAACCAAAACUCUGAGCUAGAUUAUGCAACAAUGAAAACAUAAACCAGCAAACUAACUAGUUUUAGGGUUUUGUUUUAUUUUUCUAAAAACUAACAUUAAAUGAAAAUGAUUAUCAACAGAGCACAAAGUGAUAUAAUGCUAACAUAGCCAGUUUUAGGCAGUAUAAAUAUUCUUUUGAAUGGUGCUAACAAUCAUAGUUAAGUUUUGAAGCCACCAGUUGUGUUGUAAAUAUUUUGAAAUUCUCAUUCCUUACUGGAACAAAAUUGUAUCUUCCUUCUUUAAAUGUAUUGUUGAUUUUUUGUAAAGCUGUGUUCCUUAAUUACAGAUAGUGAUGUAGCUAUCCUAUAGUUAUUAUACCUAAACAUUACAUCCAUAAACUUAAUACGUCCAUUCUUCAUUAGUUUUUAAAUACAUUGGUCUCAUUUAGUUGUAAUGAUCCCGGUCUGGUAAAGUAUAGUUUAUUGGACCAGAAACAAACCCCCUGCCCCUUGUGUUCAGUUUGGCAAAGUUUUCUUGAUUUCUUAAACUACAGCCUUCUCGGACAUGCAGAUUACCUCCAAAAAGAAUUUGAAGCUAAUUUGGAAGGUAGCCCUUGAGCCACAGUUUGCAUGUGCAGACAUUCUGGGAAACAUUUAAAGAAAGUAGGAAAGCUUUAUUGAAGAUGGCUACUAGGGGGAAGGGGAAACUGCAUGAGCCUGGUCAAAUACCUAUGAUUUAUCAGACAAAUGGCUAUAACUGAACUGGGCCAAUGUAUUCCAGUAGCUGUGUAGCUUGUAUAUAUAUUUGCCCAUUUCUUUUUGAGAAUAAUUCAUUCUAGACUUAUAGUUGAACCACUUAAUCUAGUUUUGAGCUGUGAAAACAUAGAGAGACUGGUGGUAGAUAGAAAUAUGUUGUAAAACAGGGUUUUUCAUUAAAUAUUGCAUUGUGACAAUCGUAAGACAAUAUACUAGUAUAUCUGCACUGUUUCUUUAGAAAGAAACAAAUACACAUUGAAAUACACACAAGUAGCCACUUAUUUUCUCACACAGCUGUUCACAUUGUUUUUCUCCAUGUGGUGUGAGGUGAGAGAGCUACAAGGAAAAACAUGUAGACGUCUAUGUGUAUCCCCUUCAUUAUUAACGUUUCUCCAAAAGCUUUUGAACCUGUGACUGUAUGAUACAUUGUGGGAAGGCAGAUCCAGCUGCUCGCAUAAAAGUUCCUUUUAUAGACUUGAAACCAGAGGCGACUUGCAUUUCCAGUUGCUCAAGGCAGCACUACUGAAUUCUCCCACUUUCUCAUUCUAAUCACUGCUUUCCCUGCCCUAUCCACUCCGGAUGGUUCCUUGACCUCUGUAGUUGCUUUUGGGGAGCAGUGCUGGGAGAUGAGCCAGCAGAGUUCUGCUCCUCUAUCUGGAUCUAACUCACAGCGUUUCAAAUUGCAUUCUCACAAAAAUGGCUACUAGCUGGAAAAAAAUAUUUAUCUCCAAAUUAAGCUCUAUGGCAUAACCGAAUAACACUUAAAAGUUUGGCUUAUGAAAAAAUGGAUUUCAUAAAAAUCUUGGGCGCUUGAGUGCAUAUUACUGUACUCAACUAGGAAAUGAAGCAAGCAUUAAAAUAUCUCAAUAAGACAAACUUAAGUAGUAAACAGCUUCCUUAAAGGGAGCAAAUUACAAAAGUCACUCAUAGCAGUAUGAGCCACAAUAUUUGUUGAAUGCCUGCAAAUGAAAAAAAAACUCUAGGAAAAAGGGUAUACUUUUAGACUUGUAGUGGAGCUUCAAUCUGGAAUUGCCAACUACCAGAGACACUUCAUAAACUAGAGGCGCCAUAUUAUUGGUUGUGCUGUAUAUAGGUGUCCGGGUUCAUUGGAUUAUUUACCAUAGCCACAGAUGCACUAAAAGAUCAUGUAAAAAUAUCCAAGAGGUAGAAAUAGAGACCACAGAAUCCUCUUCUAUAACAACCUGCUUUUUAGCUUUCCAAAUGUAUGUCAAAAGUGUCAUAAUUACAGUUGCAUUAGUAAGGUUCUGUAGCCUGUACUGAUAACUUACUGUUUCUUGUCCUUAUGAUGUGCACUUGUACUGGUUACUUCUGUGAUGCUCAGGCUGGUGACAGUUUUUUUCUGUUGCUGCUCUUUCCCACUGUGAGGAACACAUGUGGACAGUGACUUGUAAACCUUUGUGGAGCAAGAGCAUUGCCCAUUACUAAUUGUGUGUAGUUUGGAAGCAAUAAAAUGUGGUUCUUGUUUGGGUGUGGAAUGACUCCUAGCAAAUAAAGAUCAAGUUGAUCAGAA